ACAAUGUCACAUCAAUGGUUUUUUAUUCUUUCAUUAAAUCAACAAUGUCAAUAACCAACCAAAAACUCUUCUUUAUAUACACUUCUUCAUCCAUUCCAUUUCAAAUUAGUUGCUAAAUUUUUCAAUUAGCUAUCUUGGAAGAACAAGACAGCACAUCACAACACAUUCUCAUUCUUUUUGCUGUCUGUCUCCAACCAUUAUGCAAACAAUGAAUUCCACUUUACCACCACACAUGUUCCAAACCAAAAACACCACCUUCACAUGUAGAGCCUCUUCCAUCAACAAACAUCUUCCACCCAUCUCUCCUCCACGAAAACCACUUUCUUCAACCACCACCAAGUUACAUCUCUCCAAUCUUGAUAAACUCCUUCAAAAACAAUCACCAAUCCAAACAAACGACACAACAACCACCACAACAACCAUAACUGAAAAGAAAUCAAAGAACAUUUUGGAGGGUCUUGAUUUGUCUAACCUUAUAUGGUCAGACAAGAAAACAACCGACGAUCAAAUGUCGCCACACCAUCUCAAAAACCUUCAACAUCUCCUCACCAAAACAGCGGAGUAUUCUCCCCGGAACACGCUCGGCAGCCACUGGAGACAAUACCAUGGCUGCAAUGAUUGGAAAGGUAUGUUAGAUCCUCUAGAUGAGAAUCUCCGGCGAGAGGUUGUUCGUUAUGGUGAGUUUGUACAAGCUGCGUAUCAUUGCUUUCACUCCGACCCCGCCACAUCACAAUACGAACCACCACAAUCACGCCAUGUGUCACUUCCUGAUAAAUCGUAUAGAGUGACAAAAAAUUUAUAUGCCACGUCAUCAAUUGGGUUGCCUAAAUGGGUUGAUGACGUGGCUCCAGAUCUUGGGUGGAUGAGCCAGAGAUCCAGCUGGAUUGGAUACGUUGCAGUUUGCGAUGACAAAAGAGAAAUUUCACGGUUAGGUAGAAGAGAUAUUGUUAUAUCUCUUCGCGGAACUGCCACGUGUCUUGAAUGGGCCGAGAAUAUGAGGGCCCAUUUAAUAGAAACUAAUGCUCAACACGGAAAAAACUCCAAAGUUGGGUGCGGUUUUCUUAGCUUAUAUAAAACCAAAGGGACUCAUGUUCCGAGCUUAGCCGAGUCAGUGAUCAAAGAAGUGAAGCGGCUCAUGGAAGUUUACAAAGGCGAAACACUUAGCGUAACAGUAACCGGUCAUAGUCUCGGCGCGGCUUUAGCUUUAUUAGUAGCCGACGAUCUCAGUACUUGUAGCCCAAAUGUUCCACCCGUGGCUGUUUUUUCCUUUGGUGGACCCAAAGUUGGUAACAAGGCUUAUGGAAACAAAAUCACAGCACAAAACGUGAAAGUUUUGAGAAUAGUAAAUUCUCAAGACGUGAUUACUAGAGUUCCUGGAAUUUUCGUUAGUGAAGAGUUUGAACAAAAAUUGAGAAACUUUAAGGCUGUUAGCGAAAACACACCAUUGGCUUACUCACAUGUGGGAGUCGAGUUGCGCGUCGAAACAAAGAUGUCGCCGUUUUUGAAGCCUGAUGCUGACAUGGCAUGUUGUCAUGACUUGGAAGCUUACCUACAUUUAGUUGAUGGUUUUUUGGCUUCCAAUUGUCCUUUUAGAGCCAAUGCUAAAAGAAGCUUGGCUAGGUUAAUGCAGGAUCAAAGUUCUAAUGUAAAAAAAUUGUAUACUAGCAAAGCUAAAACAAUGAGUGUUAAUAUUGAAAAACAGAGAACUUUUUCGAUCUCUGAUUGUUUGCCUAGUCCAUCGUAAAUGUGAAUACGACAAAUUUUUUCCUUUA